AUGGAAAAGGUGCAGCGCAUUGGAGCCCAGGCGAUAAUACUCUCGUUUAAGGCUACAGCCCUUACAGUGGCUCAAGCCGAAGCGGGCAUCGAAACCACAGUCGACCGGCUACAAAGGAAGGUUGCUAACCAUUUGGUUAGGAGCCUUACAGUACCAAACACAAAUCCUUUAUUCGACUGCCUAACUAGGCUAUUCACCCAAGGCAAGAGCUUCCCGUCUCCGCUAGCUAUCACCGCGCGGAAGUUUGGCCCGGAUCUAGGCCUGACGGCCGAAAGCCUAAUGGAGACCGUAGAGCCAGUGCUUCAAGAACCGUGGACAGAGGGCGUCCCGGGAUGCCUAGUUAAGGGACUAGAAGACGAGGCGGAUGUAGUCAUUCGACGACUACGAUCGAAAGCAGGCAGGGAAGAGAGAUGCACAUUCUAUACUGACGCAGCACGGAAGAGCGGCGAGAGUGGCAUUGCAGUAGUGCAAGGGAACACUGGAAAGACUAUCACCCAAAAGCGACUUCCUAGAUGGGCAGCAGGCGACUCGACGGUUGCAGAACUUAUAGCCAUCGAGGCAGCGCUAGCAUAUCAAACAAGGAGAAGGCCACGCCCGAUAAAGACGAUCAUCGCGACAGAUAGCAAGCAAGCUAUCCGACAUAUCACGGAGGGGGCAAGCCCACACGGACAAUACGUGGUACGAUACAUCCGUAAGCACAUCGAUGCUCUUCAGGCCCGGGAAGGGGCAAUGGUCACCUUACAGUGGGUACCGGCCCAUAAGGGGUGGUACGGCAACGAGUGGGCAGACAAGAAGGCGAAAAAGGCACUAGAGGAGGGACGGGGAGAGGGGGAAGGCCCUGCUACGCAACCCGCAGGUCCUACUAACCCCCUAGCCUCUUUGGAUCUUUGGACAUCUACGGACCCCCAACACCUACUAACCCCCUAA